AUGAACGAGGGAGAACUGCCUAGGCAAUGGAGACAUGCGAAGAUCAUCCCGCUGAAGAAACCGAACAAGAACGACUACACCAUUGCGAAGGCCUGGCGACCGAUCUCGCUGUUGUCGACGCUGGGGAAAGUGCUGGAAUCGGUGAUAGCCGAGAGGAUAUCGCACGCUGUCGAAACAUACGGGCUCCUGCCCACGAGUCACUUCGGGGCUCGGAAGCAGCGAUCGGCAGAGCAGGCGCUGGUCCUGCUUCAGGACUACAUCUACAGAGCAUGGAGGAGGAGGAAAAUCCUCAGUCUGGUCAGUUUCGACGUCAAAGGCGCGUACAACGGAGUGUAUAAAGAAAGACUACUUCAGAGACUCAGGGCGAGGGGAAUCCCGGAAAAGCUGGUAAAGUGGGUGGAUGCGUUCUGUUCGCAACGGACUGCAAGCAUUCAGGUCAACGGCCAGGACUCGGAGGUUCGCUCUCUGCCCCAAGCGGGCUUACCUCAGGGUUCGCCGCUGUCCCCUGUUCUGUUUCUGUUCUUCAACGCCGACUUGGUCCAGCACCAAAUCAACGAAAAUGGAGGUGCACUAGCAUUCGUAGACGACUAUACGGCAUGGGUCACCGGACCGUCACGAGAGGCGAACCGACAGGGGGUCCAGGCCAUCAUUGACCGAGCCCUCGACUGGGAACGACGAAGCGGAGCGACCUUCGAGACAGACAAGACAGCCAUUAUACACUUUACACGGAACUGGCGCCAGCCGGAGGACUGGUCCCCUUUCAGUAUCAAGGGGGACAUCGUCCGGCCCAAAGACCAGGUAAAGAUUCUAGGCGUGAUCAUGGACACCAAGCUCCGCUUCAAGCAACACGUGGCAGAAGCGGCAUCGAAGGGCCUCGAAGCCGUGCUGGAGCUCAGACGACUCAAGGGCUUGUCACCGUCAACGGCGAGACAGCUCUUCGUGGCGGCGGUGGCACCCACGAUGGACUACGCAUCGACCGUCUGGAAACACACGUGUAACGCAGCCCAGAUGAAGGUCAUCAACAGGGUGCAGAGGAUCGGGGCUCAAGCAGUUGUGGGAACCUUCAACUCGGUGGCUACAGCGGUUGCCGAAGCAGAAGCAAGCAUACAGUCAGCCCAGGAACGAUUCGAAAGGAAAGCGAUCAAAUUCUGGGUG